AUGAAUACUGGCAAGCGGAAACGCCUCUCCACAAUAACCACGGGUGCGCGAGACAGGAUCGUCAAAGACUACCAGAGCAACCCUGACUCAAAGUUAACAGCCAAGACACGGCAACUCCUUGCAGAGGCAGCACUCGAAGCUGGCCGGACAUCAGCCAGGGACUCUGCACGUUCUCCUGAGUAUGAGAAUUGGGACCAUGCCAACUAUGAUGAGAAUGGGGCCGAGGCUGAUGAUACCGACACUCAACACAAUGAUGGCGGUGAGGACGACGAGGGUGAUGUUGCAACUGUAGGACAAGAUGCUCUCAGUGCCACUCACGCACAAGUAAUUUUUUGUUUGCAAGGCAGGAAGAAUUUGCGACAUCGAGCCCCUCGUACUCGUCUCCUACGCAAUCAACAGAUGCAUGCUGCAUGGUCCCAUCAAAUGACGGACCUGGUUGAUGCCUUUUUGUCGUGGAAGUACCAGGGCGUUCAAACGAGUGAUAUACCAGGGUCUAUAUUUCAUGUUACGAGUGUCGGCAUCACAAGUUUUCAUAGCCUUCAACCAAUCCACCAGAAGCUAGAUGAGCCUGCCAAUGUUUCCUUGAUCAAAGCCGGUGAGCGAAAGAAAUUCCGUGUAGCCUGUUAG